UGUACAUUGGUUUCAUGAUAGCAUGGAGUUUUAUAGCAAUAUCCUGAUGCAUUAUUGUCACAUGAAGAAAAAUCAAGACUCUUGCCAUGACUGAGUUUGAUUACACAGCGUUAUAAUCCAUUUAUGAUAAAAUAACAAAAUAAGCAUGGUUAAAUAUUUUCUUGAUUGGGAUUUAUGUUUAAAAAAGUGAAGCUAUCCUUCAAAAAAAAAAAAAAAAAAGAACAGAUGUAUCAUUAUGAUGUGACCACUUUCUCUGAUGGGUGUGGCAUAGCAUUAGCCUUAUGUCUAUAAAAAUCGACAUGUGAAAAAAAUUAUGCAUAAAGCCCACCUUACCACUUCCUGUGAGUCAAAUAGCCAAUGUUUCUGAGAAAUGUAACCAGAUUUUAUAAUAGCUGAUUAAUAAUGAUGCUGCUAAUUCAAACUUAAGUGACAGUGAAGUGAAUCUAAAUAGGUCUUGUAUGCUCAGAAUCAUGCGCCAUGUCAAGUUUACACUUUUAAAAUUGCCCUUUUCCCAAAGCCAGUGUCACAUAUGUUCCCGUUUUUGUGUUUGUGAAUCCUAUUGUACUACGCGUCACUGCAUGCAUCGCCCUCUGAAUAAAGGCUGUCUGGCUCCCAGCUUAAAUAUUGCAGCAAACUAAAAACCAACCAUCAGACUGGAUUCAUUCACUUCUGCUCACUCGGGCGACAAGGAUUGGAGGCCAUAGGUGGGAACCAGAGAGCAAAAAGUUCACUUCACACCACAGUGUGCCAAGGGAAGGGGAACACAAAUACUCUGGAGCUCUUACUGUGUGCUGACAGUCAACCAUGGGUGACUGGAGUUUUUUGGGAAACAUCCUCGAGGAAGUAAAUGAGCAUUCGACGGUAAUCGGUAGGGUGUGGCUCACGGUCCUCUUCAUCUUCCGAAUCCUCAUCUUGGGCACGGCUGCAGAGUUUGUGUGGGGCGACGAGCAAUCGGAUUACGUGUGCAACACGCAGCAGCCGGGUUGUGAGAACGUUUGCUACGACGAGGCCUUCCCCAUCUCGCACAUUCGCCUGUGGGUGCUCCAGAUCAUCUUUGUUUCCACACCAUCUUUGGUGUACGUGGGCCACGCUGUCCACCAUGUACACAUGGAGGAGAAGCGCAAGGAGCGGGAGGAGGCUGAGCUUAACAGGCAGCAAGAGUUGAACGAGGAGAGGCUGCCGAUUGCACCCGAUCAGGGAAGCGUCCGUACGGCCAAGGAGACGAGCACAAAGGGCAGCAAGAAGUUCCGUCUAGAGGGCACUCUCUUGAGGACUUAUAUCUGCCAUAUUAUCUUCAAGACUCUCUUUGAGAUAGGCUUUGUGGUGGGCCAGUACUACUUGUACGGCUUCCGAAUCCUGCCGCUCUACAAGUGCAGCCGUUGGCCGUGCCCAAACACGGUUGACUGCUUUGUCUCAAGACCUACCGAGAAAACAGUGUUCAUCAUCUUCAUGUUAGCUGUUGCCUGCGUCUCACUUUUCCUCAACUUUGUGGAAAUCAGCCAUUUGGGCCUGAAAAAGAUCCACUUUGUGUUCCGUAAACCCGUGCGGCCGCAAGUUGAGGGACCAGGGGCGGCCGAGAAGGCCUUGCCUUCCAUAGCGUCCUCUUCCAUCCAGAAAGCCAAAGGCUAUAAGUUGCUGGAGGAGGACAAAGCCACGUCGCACUUCUUCCCCCUGACUGAGGUAGGGGGAAUGGAGGCUGGGCGGCUGCCGGCUCCGUACAAGCCAUUUGAGGAGAAAACAAAUGAGACGACCACACCUAAUAAAGACGUGUCUAAGGUGUAUGAUGAAACGCUGCCCUCCUACGCCCAGACGACCGUGAUAGGACUGAGUGCAGCAGCGGGAGUUGUACGCAGGGAUGAAGAUGAGGACGAGUUGGCCAUCGAAGCAGAUGUGGAAGCCAGCGAGACGAUAGAAGACACGCGACCGCUCAGCAGCCUGAGCAAGGCCAGCAGUCGGGCAAGGUCAGAUGACUUGACGGUAUAAAUAAUAAAGAACUGGAUUAGAAGUGCAGCAGUGUAAUUUGUAGUUUUGGGGAAAGUGUCGAAAGUAAAAAUAAGAGAGAGAGAAAGAAAGUGGUGCCUUUUCAGUAACUGUUGCGACACUAUUAAUACCAGCUCUUUAUUUUGAGGAAGAAACCGAUUUAACAAAAUAAUGCUGUGCAAUUUUCAUAUGGAAACUUGAGAGCUUGAUUCUUUUUUUUUUCUUCUUCUUCUUCUUUUUUAUGCAGCAGUAUUUUUUGUACUGUUUUUAUCAAACAGUUAACAAACCAAAGUUAGAGAUCUGCAGCAGCUAGAUCUAUGUAGGGAGGAGGGAUUUAGAAAAAUAUGUGCUGUUUUUUUUUUUUUUUUUUUUUUUUUU